AUGGCUUCCAGGACAGAGGAGAAUCUCUGCUGUUCGGUCUGCCGUGAUAUCUUUAGGGAUCCUGUUGUUCUGACAUGUAGCCACAGCUUCUGUAAAGACUGUCUGAGGGGCAGCUGGAGAGAGAAACCAACACAUGAGUGUCCACUUUGUAAGAGAAGAUCUUCAAGGGAUGAACCUCCUUCAAAUCUAGUGUUAAAGAACCUGUGUGAGGAGUUCUUACAGGAGAGAGAUCGGAGAGCUUCAGAGCCUCUCUGCAGUCUGCACUCUGAGAAACUCAAACUCUUCUGUCUGGACCAUCAGGAACCAGUGUGUCACAUCUGCAGGGAUUCAGAAAAACACACUAACCACAGAUUCAGACCCAUAGAUGAGGCUGCACGACAGCACAAGAGGCAACUUCAGGACACUCUGGAGCCCUUAAAGAAGAAGUUAAAGGUUUUUGAACAAGUUAAAGUAAAGUUUGAUCAAACAGCAGAUCACAUUAAGGUCCAGGCCCGACACACAGAGGGACAGAUUAAGGAGCAGUUUAAGAAGCUUCACCAGUUUCUAGAAGAGGAAGAGGAGGCCAGGAUGGCUGCACUGAGGGAGGAAAAGGAGCAGAACUGUCAGUUGAUCAAGGAAAAGUUGGAGGCUCUGUGCAGAGAGAUAGCUGCUCUUGCAGAAACAGUCAGAGCUGCAGAGGAGGAGCUGAGAGCUGAAGAUGUCUCAUUCCUACAGAACUACAAGGCUGCAGUGGAACGAGUCCAGCAGCACCCCCUGCCAGAUGAUCCAGAGCUGCACUCAGGAGCUCUGAUAAAUGAGGCCAAGCACCUGGACAACCUGACCUUCAACAUCUGGAGCAAGAUGAAGGAGAUGGUCUCUUACACUCCUGUGAUUCUGGACUCAAACACUGCACAUCCAGAGUUCAUCCUGUCUGAAGAUCUGACCAGUGCGAGACUAGGAGAGAAGCGGCAGCUUCCUGAUAAUCCAGAGAGGAUUGCUGAGUACUCCUCUGUCCUGGGCUCUGAGGGCUUUAACUCAGGGACUCACAGCUGGGAAGUCAAAGUUGGAGACGUUACAUUCUGGUCACUAGGCCUGUUUGCAGAGUCUGCCAAGAGGAAGGGAGAAAUAUGGUCUGGACUAUGGAGAAUAAUGUUCUACAAAGGUAUAUACACGGCACGCUCACUACCAGAUCCACCCACUGUUCUCAAGCUGCAGAAGAAGCUCCAGCGGAUCAGUGUGAAUCUGGACUGGGACAGAGGGAAGCUGUCAUUCUCUGAUCCUGAUACAAACACACACAUACACACCUUCACACACACUUUCACUGAGAGGAUGUUUCCAUUUAUUAACAGUGUGGAUGAAGUGAAGAUAUUACCACAGAGGGUCUGUGUGAUGGUGGGACAGAGAAGUUAG